AACAUGGCCGCUAUGCACUCCAGUUCCAAACACGUGUGCGUUUCAGUACACUGUUACCCAUAGUGCUCUAGCGUAAACUCUCUUACUGCGGCCUUUUCCAGCUGAGGCUCUGUCCCCAUAGUCGCUGCUAGUAACAGCUAAAAUAAAUAAUCUCCUGUUUUUGUGAUCGGAACCCUCAGACAAGAUGGUGAAGCCAGGUUUUAAGGGACGGAGUACUAUCAACCCGUCCACGGCCAGCAGUAAUCCAGAUCGUGUAAAAGGAGCCGGGGGUAACAACAUGAGAGACCGGGGAACCAUUAAACGCCUUAAUAUGUAUCGGCAGAAAGAAAGGAGGGAUCGUCGUGGUAAAUUGAUUAAGCCUUUGCAGUUCCAGUCGUCAGUUGCCCCAGGAACCGUUGCCAGAGUGGAACCUAAUAUAAAAUGGUUUGGGAAUACCCGUGUAAUCAAGCAGUCUUCCUUACAAAAGUUCCAGGAUGAAAUGAAUGUAGUGAUGAAAGAUCCGUACAAGGUGGUGAUGAGGCAGACCCAGUUGCCCAUGUCCCUCCUGCACGAUCGAAGUAAACCUCAUAAUUCCAAAGUUCACAUUCUCGAUACAGAAACAUUUGAGACAACUUUCGGGCCUAAAUCUCAAAGGAAGCGGCCGAACCUUGCUGCCACUGAUAUGCAGGAAUUAAUUGAGAAAGCGGAGGCUUUGGCAGAGAACUACAAUGAGCAAAAGGACCGGGAUCUAGUAACAGAGGAUACUGGAGUCAGAGAUGAAGUCCGUGAAGAAAUUUAUAAGAAGGGACAAUCCAAAAGAAUCUGGGGUGAACUCUAUAAGGUAAUCGACUCAUCUGAUGUAAUAGUUCAAGUUCUCGAUGCCAGAGAUCCAAUAGGAACCCGCUCCCCACAUGUUGAAACAUAUCUGAAAAAAGAGAAGCCUUGGAAACAUCUUCUUUUCGUCCUUAAUAAAUGUGAUCUGGUUCCUACUUGGGCAACUAAACGAUGGGUUGCCUGUCUGUCUCAGGAUUAUCCAACACUAGCUUUUCACUCCAGCCUUACUAAUCCAUUUGGAAAAGGAGCUUUCAUUCAGCUUUUAAGACAGUUUGGGAAGUUGCACACAGACAAAAAACAGAUCUGCGUAGGAUUUAUUGGAUAUCCAAAUGUGGGCAAGAGUUCUGUUAUAAACACUCUACGAUCUAAAAAAGUCUGUAAUGUGGCCCCAAUCGCAGGUGAAACAAAGGUAUGGCAAUAUAUCACCCUUAUGCGUCGGAUUUUCCUCAUAGACUGUCCUGGAGUAGUGUAUCCAUCUGGAGACUCUGAAACGGACAUUGUGUUGAAGGGUGUGGUUCAAGUUGAAAAGAUCAAAACUCCAGAAGAUCAUAUUCCUGCUGUUCUUGAGAGAGCCAAGCCUGAGUAUAUCAGCAAAACUUACAAAAUAGAUACAUGGCAAGAUGCAGAAGAUUUCCUUGAAAAGCUUGCGUUCAGAACUGGGAAAUUAUUGAAGGGCGGAGAACCAGAUCGGCAAACAGUAUCAAAAAUGGUUCUGAACGACUGGCAGCGGGGAAGAAUACCAUUCUUUGUGAAACCACCAAAUGCAGAACAACCAUCCCAGGCUUCACUGUCCGUUGAAGCCACCGUAAACGCUGCUAAUGAGGAGAAGUUGGACAAUACAGAUAUAACUUCAGGAGCCCCAGAUGAUAAUCCUAUUAAAAGUGAGAUGACAGAACUAAUUUCACAUGUCAAACAAAACUUCGGCAAGAUUAACGUAGCACCUGAAUUCUCUCAGGAAGAUUUAGUGCCCGUAGAAAUGGAAGGAAUGUCAGAUCUUUCCGAACUGGAGUCUGAGGAGGAGGACAUUGAAGAGGAGGAUGCUGAAGAUGAGCAGAACAAAAGCAAGACAUUGGAUGCAAAUGAGACUCCCAAUGAAAAUAUACCAGUUCCAAAAGAACAAACAUCAAAAACUUUGCUUAAAGACCUUGAUGACCAGAUUUCAAAGUACAAAAAGUUCCUGGAGAAGGCCAAAGCCAAACGAUUUUCUGCUUUAAGAAUUCCUAAGGAUCUCGGCCAAAGCCUGUUUGCAAAACCAGAAAUAAAAAAGGACGAGGAACAAGAAGAAGAAGAAGAAGAAGAGGCCACUAAGAAAGGAAAGAAAAGAAAGGUGUUUGAAGAUGAUGACGAAGAUGAUGAAAAGCCAAAAAAGAAGCUUACAUCAAAAGAGAGGAGAAGACUUGAGAGGCAACAACACUCAAAGAAAGUUGGUGUUCGCUACUAUGAUACUCACAAUGUUAAAAACAAGAACCGCAACAAAAAGAAAACAGACCCUCAGGGACAGAAGAAAAGGCAAAAUUCAAAGCAAAAACAUUGAUUACUGUAAACUAUUUUUUAAAUAAAAUAGACUUUUUGAAAA